AGAAGAUAUGCUUUUUCCAUUCAUUUUAUUUAUUCUCUGUUCCUUCCUUUAUUUCCUUCAAAAAUUGAGUUUUGCACUAAACAAACCCGUUAAUCCUAAGAGGGUCAUUAGCAAAUUAUGCAGGAUUUUGCAGCAACCACUGAAAACUCGAAAACAGAGGAGCUUUCAAACAGUUCCAAUAAUCCAGAAAUUAACCAAGCUGAUCAACAAACACAGGGAGAAGUUAAGGAGAGCGACAAUUUAGAUACUAAAUGUGGAGAAAAAGAAGAGAAAGGUGCUGAAGUUGUAGUAGAUAUUGAUAACAAAUCAGAGAGUAGUGAUGAAAAUCAAGGAACAGAAAAAGUAUGUCGAAUAUGUCAUUUGAAUGAUGAGUCCAUGGAAAUUUUGCAGCUUGGUUGUGAUUGUAAAGCAGAGCUUGGUGUUUGUCAUCGCCAUUGUGCUGAAGCAUGGUUCAAUCAGAGAGGCAACAGAUCAUGUGAAAUAUGUGGGAAAACAGCAAAAAAUGUGGAAACAAGAACAUUAGCAGAAAGGCAGAACAGAAUAAUGGUGAUAGAAUGGAACCAAAGGGCAGAAGAAGCCAGAAGAAGUUCAUAUCUAACCAAUUCCUCUGCAACACACGAUGAUUGUAGAUGGAGAUGUCAACAAUCCUGCUGUAAUUUCCUGCUUGCUUGCUUUGUCAUUGCCUUUACUCUCCCAUGGUUCUUCCGACUUAAUUUGCCUUAACAAAAUACACACUCAAAUUUCUCUGUUCAUGGGCUAAUACAUAUAACAGUACUGCUAGGCUAUUACUCUUACUCAAUUAUACUCCUUUCGCCAUACCAAAGGAAAUGUUUCACGGGUGUGUUUGGUAUGACAAAGUCAUUUCUCAUAAUGUGCUCAUUUUCUAGUACUUGGUUACCAUAUAGCAUUUUCAUCGAUAUAUUAUGGGUGGAAAUCAUUUGGCUUCCAGGU